AUGUUCAACCGCACGGUCGCUCGUUCCGCCAUUAAGGCAUUCAACUCAACCGCGCGCCCAGCGACGCGCUCCACAAUCAUCCGCCCGCUCUCCUGCACCACAGCCCGCGCCAACAAGAACAAUGACCCCAAAAACGACCCCCUUCUCGCCGCCACCACCAAGGCCCCCGAGGGCGCCUCUGGUGAACAUGAGGGCCAAUUCGCCCGCACCGAUGAGAGCGUGCAGAUCGAGUACCCGCCUGACAGCGAGAUGCCUGCCCAGCCUAUCGUCCAGGGCCGCGGCGGUAUGCACUUCAAGCGUACCCUGGCUCAGUUCUCCCUCGAGAACAAGGUCAGCAUGGUGACUGGUGGCGCGCGUGGCUUGGGUCUGGUCAUGGCGCAAGGCUUGGUAGCCUCGGGCUCUGAUCUGGCGAUUGUCGAUCUAAACAAGGCUGAGGCAGAAGAGCAGGCUGAAAAGCUUGUUGACCAGUUCCGCAAGGAGAACCCCGGUCUAGAGGAUAUGCCCAACGUGACAGCACACUACUCGGACGUUGCGAACCCCGAUUCCGUCAACGAGGCCCUUGCCGAAGUCCUAGCCAAGCACAACCGGAUCGACAACCUGGUCACCUCCGCCGGGUUCACCGAGAACUUCGACGCCAUCAGCUAUCCGUUUGACCGCAUGCAGAAGCUCUGGGGUGUCAACGUAGACGGCACGUACUUGUUCGCCACGGGUGUGGCCAAGCACCUGAUGGAGCGCAAUGCACCCGGCAGCAUUGUCAUGAUCGGCUCCAUGUCCGGCUCCAUCGUCAAUGUGCCCCAGCCCCAGGCUCCGUACAACGCGGCCAAGGCGGCAGUGCGCCAUCUCGCUGCAUCGCUGGCCGUCGAGUGGGCCGGCCACGAUAUCCGCGUCAACUGCAUCAGCCCAGGCUACAUGCUGACUGCUCUUACCCGCAAGAUCCUCGACGAGAACCCCCAGCUCCGCGACAAGUGGACCUCCCUCAUCCCCGUUGGCAAGAUGGGCACCCCCGAGGACCUGAUGGGUGCUGUGACCUUCCUGCUCAGCGACGCUUCCAAGUACAUCACGGGUGCGGAUCUGCGCGUGGACGGCGGCUACACUCUGACCUAG